GCAUAGACUGAACACCUUUGUUCAAAUUUCUUGAUCAUAUUUACAAUCAAUUAACAACGAUCUAUGGAAGUUGUGAGAAUACGGUUUUAUCUUUAAACUUUCUUUGUUUACUACCAUAUCAGACAAUAAAAUAAAAAGACCGAAGACUUUCUACACCAAUACAAGACCGUCCUGCCCCACCAAUACCACAGAUUGAAGAAGAAGAUAUAUACAUUGCACUGUAUGACUAUGUUGCUCGAACCAAUAAAGAUUUAACUUUCAAAAAAGGUGACACUAUGGUGAUUCUGAAAAAAGGCCAAAAUUGGUCGAUUGCUCAACUAUUAGAACCCAAUCCAUUGUAUUCUGUCACAGAAGGUUCCAUACCAACAAACUAUGUUAAAAAACAGAGUUCUGUUGUUUCACAACCGUCUUGGAUGUUUGACACAGCAGAUCGUUCUGAGGCAGUUUCACUACUGAUGCAACCUUGUAACAACCAUGGUGAUUUUCUUGCUAGAAGGAGGACGACAAAUCCAAAUGAAUAUGCUUUAAGUGUUAGAAAUGGUGCAACUGUGAACCAUAUCAAGAUAGAAAAAAUGGGUGGUCAAGGAUAUUCUAUUGAUCAUCACACUAUGUUUGCCACCUUAAACGACUUAGUUGGUUAUUAUCAGGAAAACAUGCUUGCAAAUGAUAUCAGGUUGAGAUCACCUUGCAAACAAGUGGUCAUGGAGUCUCCACAAACAGCAGGUUUGUCUCAUGACCUUGCUGAUGAAUGGGAGAUUGACCGUAAAUCAAUUGAACUCAAAGAAAAAUUGGGGAAAGGUAAUUUUGGUGAAGUAUAUAAAGGGUUGUGGAAUGGAACAACCAGGGUAGCAGUGAAAAAAAUGAUCAAGUCAGAUUUAUUGGAUAAAGAAGAGUUUUUGAAAGAAGCUAAAAUCAUGAAAAAACUCCAUCAUCCAAAACUUGUUCAACUUUAUGCUGUGUGCACUCACUCAGAACCAUUUUACAUUGUUACUGAGUUAAUGUGCAAUGGAUCCCUUCGAGAAUACUUAAGAGAAAAAGGAAAAGAUCUUAAUGAAGACACCUUAAUAGAGAUGGCAAUACAAGUUGCCACAGGAAUGGUUUACCUUGAAGUAAAUGAUUACAUUCACCGAGAUCUUGCAGCUAGAAAUAUUCUUGUGGGAAAAAACAAUAUUUGCAAAAUUGCAGAUUUUGGAUUAGCAAGGGUUACCCAGGGCAAUGACAUAUACCAAGCAAAAGUUGGUGCUGAAUUCCCAAUCAGAUGGACAGCACCUGAAGCUGCUACAAUGCAGCAAUUUACAAUCAAGUCAGAUGUUUGGUCAUUUGGAAUAUUACUCACUGAAAUAAUUGGAAACGGCAGGGUUCCUUAUGCAGGUUUUCAGACUUUUGAAGUAUUGGAACAAGUAGAACGUGGAUACAGAAUGGAAAAAUUGGAAAAGUGUUCAGAACAAUUAUAUGACAUCAUGAUGGCUUGUUGGCACAAGGAUCCAAACCAGCGACCUUCAUUUGAAAGUCUUGUAAUGCAACUGGAAACUUGUGAUUCCGCUGCUUUUUUGGAAUAGUUAGAAAUGUGUUUCUGUAUAUAGUAGGGUGGGGGAAGAUGGGACACUUUGUCCGAGGAGACUUUUUAAAUUUUUUUCUACAGAUGCUUAUUUAAUAAUUAGAAAAAUAAUGCUACUGAAUUAUACAGCAGUAUUAUCACGACAUCAAAUAUUAUUGUUUCCAACAAGUACAGUGCAACAUGUAAAUUAUGGCAGUAUUAUCUGCCUGUUAUUUCAAUUAUUUUCUUUGUUUAAAAGUCAUUAAAGCUAGGUGAAUUGCUGUUUCUAUUUUUCUUUAAAUUUUAAUUUAUGCCAAGUUUUUAUAUACGUUAUUAUUAUGCAAUAAUUUUUUUUUGUUAGAUGUAUUUAUUGAUAAAUAAUUUUUUUAGUUUUUUAAAUCACAAAAUUUUGUUUUUGUAUAGGCAUUAUUACUGUCCAGAAAUCGUUUUUCUGAAUAAAAUUUAAAAUUAUUUGCACUGGUUUUAGCUAUUGGACCAAAUUCUUCAAUAUUGGAAAAUUAACAGAAUGUAAACAAUAAGGAAAUGCAAGUAUCAUUUCCUGAUGAAGUCCUGUCAGAUAAAACAUCGGAAAUACAUUAAGAUUUAUACACGAAAAAAUUAUUUAAAUUAUGUCUGUUAGCAGAAGUGGCUGAAUAUUUAACAAAAUGAUUUAACAAACUUUACAUACUUGACUUCUAGAUUUGUACAAAACCUUUAAAAUGCACUAAAUUUACAUCAUAGCAAGAAUAAAAAAAAUGUUAUAAGUUACAGAAAUGCCGCAACCGACAACUAGUGUUAUUUUAUUUUUUGUUGUCACUAAAACAACAUUCAAUCAAAAAGAUUGAAUUCCAUUCAAUUUUCCUAAUCAGGGACUUUGAAAUUUGCCAAGUGUGAGCUUUGGAGGGGUUUGUAAAAUAGGGGUGCUAGAGGAGGGUGUUAUGUUAAAAUAGGGGGCUAGGAAAGGGGCGUAUGUUGAAAUAGGGGGCUAGGGGAGAGACGUUUGUUAAAAAGUUUAAAAGUCUCUGGCGAGGAAGAAACAACAGUUUAUUCAACAACUGUUUAAAACACAAUUUCACUGCUGUUUCACAAUUUCAAGCAUCAUGGUAAAAAUAAAACGCAUAACACGAGUUUCACAUUGCAACAUUGAAUUUUAAGGUAAUGAAGAAAGGCACCAUGAUAACGAACACAGAACAAGCGUAAUUAAAAUGAUAAAAUAAUAAACGUAUUCAGGAAAAUAAAGUGAUAGCAAAUAUACAAUAUAAUAAUGUAACGGGUAAAAAUGUAUGAAACUAAAAUUUCAUUUAAUUGUACAAGAUGUCAUGUAAAAAAUUACUGAAAUAUAUGAAUCCAAACAAAUAUAUCAUUAAGAUUGGCACUAAAAAAUCUCACUAUUUUAAAAGGUACUUUGUGAGAAGCUAUGCAUAUAGAAAUGAAUUACAAAGAAAUAGUAUCGUCAAAUUAAAAAGUUACUAACAUUAGGUUUUGAAAAAUUUUGGUAAAAAUAACAAUGCUAUUGGAAUUUAAGGCCACAGUACACUUUACUUUAAAAUACUGGAAUGUGGCAUUUAUAAAAUAAAUUCCCAAGCAGCAAUGAUAAAACAAUGUGACAUAAUCGUUUUGGCUGCAUGUAAGAAAUUGAUUUAAAUUAUUUUAUCCAAGAAUCUCCAUUACCCUGAAAAGUUUUAUCACUGCAAAAGUUUGACCUGCAAAAAAAUGGCGCAGCCAGGAAAAAAAAGGUAAUUUUUCAAAAAUAAAUCAUUUUUUUAGUUUUUUUUUUAAAUUUUAUUU